ACAUCUGCACCAGAAAGAAGAAGACACCUAUGUGAAAGAUCUAGGGAUGCAACCAGAGUGGAGUAAAAGAACCGAAACAUUUCCAAGCUCUCAACACACAGAAAUUGAAGACCAAGAAACAACUAUUGACUAUGAACCUGCAUCACCAGAAUCUGAUCAUGCAAGUGAAGACCCACAGCAACAUCAGAGCCACACCACCUCUAGCAAUUUUUGAAGACACUCUAACAGAUUUGACAUACGUCAUGACAGACAUUAAGAAAGGAUUGGCAAGUAGGGACACUGUAUUUACAACAGCUAUACGAGAAUUUUGCAGCCAGUACAAAAAAAUUAGAGGUGCUGAUGGCAAAAAGAAAUCUUACACAAAGCCAUUGUUAAUAUCUGCUCUGCACAACUUUGGAAAGGGACACGGACGUAAAAUCAGAAGCAACAAAUGCACCAUUACAGUACAACCAACAACUGUAAGCAGACGAGCCAUUAAAAAGUGUGGAGGAAAACCUCUUAAGGCUGGUCGUCCAUCAUUAAUGCAGAGAAAAUCAAACAAUACCAACAUGAAAAACUUAUGUCGUCACACUCUACCAAAAAGAAAUCUCUGGUCAAAAAGAGUUCACAGUCUUCAAACAAGUAUUGAUAAUAGGAGACAGAACGCUUGCUAAAAUGGCCGGUAUCAAGCAAAGUGUGGUGCUCUAGCACACAAUAAUUGUUUGCCUCCUCUUGUUUGAUUCUUGUCUAGAUUGAUUACACAGUUACUUGUUCUAACUUCAGUUUGUUUACAUCAGGUAGUUGUGCAUUUUUGAUUUGAGUAAAGAAGUGACUCACAAACUUUACUAAUGUUUGCCUUAUUGCAUGAUUUCUUUCUUGUUUGUGCUCUUGCAAAAGUAAGUAA